AUGGCGUCUCUGGCGUUGAAGGAAGGUAUUGAAGCUGUUGAAGUUGUUGCUCGCAGCUCUCUGCUGGACUUUGCGAUUCUGAAGUCGUCCAAACCCAGAUCAUUCUUCAUUUCUCCAUGGAAUGGAAGACCAGAUGAACUAAGAGGACGCUAUGAUCUUGUGUUGGCAUCGUAUCGACUCGGUAUUGACGAAUACCAAGACGUGUUCAAGAAUCAACUGGGAUUUGCUCCGGUAGCCGGCAUCUCCAUCAGUGCUCACAGAAGACACAUCAUGUAUUCGUGCCCAACGUACGCUGGAGAUUCUGGUGCUGCACUUCUUAUCAAGGAUGGAUUUCUUGUCGGUAUCCAUCUGGAAACGAUCAAUGCACUCCGCGAAGAGAUGGACCGCAAGAAAACCAUCAAGGAUCGCUUGAAUGAUGUGGAGGAGUCUCUGGACAACAUUGCGAGAAGCGGACUAGCGCAAGGCUGCUCAGGUCUUUUGGUUUAUGAGUUCAAGGACGUAGUGAGCGAGUAG